AGAUAAAAAUCUUCAAAACAUCUACAAAAAUGGUCAAAAAACGUCUACGAACUUCUCGAAAACAAAGCGAUAGCGAUGAAAUAGAUUCCGAAAGUGACUUCGGAGAUGAUCCCCCUUAUGAUCCCACACCUAAAAAAUACAGUCUGCGACAAAGGAAUAAGCGGACUACGUUCACUGAUGCAGAUUUCCAGUAUGAUGAUGAAGAGCUACCCCACGAAUUAUCCUCGGAGUUACCACCGAACAUAUCACCAAAACCUCCUUCGGAUGAUGAAGAUUUUGAAGUUGAGAAAGAAUUAGAUUUAGAUGAGGCACCUGAGAGUGAGUUUAUAGACCCUUCCACUUAUAUCAAUAGCAUAGAGCCUGAAAACACUGAGGUGCCACUAGACACUGAUGAACUGGUGGAUUUUGAGGACAUGAUAAGGGCGGAUAUUGUAGUCAACAAGAAUAGAAUUGACUAUGACAAUGUGAUACAAAAAACUGAGAUAAAAGUGCAGCCUUUGACUGAGUCUGAGAGAAUGGCAAUGUCAAAGAAAAAAACAAAGCCUAUCAAGAAAAUGAGAAAACCAAAACGCCGCAACAGUGACAUGGAUGAAGGUCACUUCUUAGCACCCUUGAUACAAGAAGAGGGUGAUGAAGACUAUCAUCCCUAUAAGCCAAAAAGAGAACGCAAACAAAAAAAACGUGCUGAUGGUGAAAUAGAUAGUAGUCUGUUAGAACCAGAAAUGGAAGUACAAGAAGAGGAAUAUGAAGAUAAGGAUGAUGAAGAUUAUAAUCCAGAUGAUGACUUGGAAUAUCCUGAAAUUCCAUUCCUGAAUGCAUCUCUGAUUGAAACAAAAAGUUUUGGUGAUGUAGAGACGAAUUUUCAAGAUGAAAAUUCUUAUCAAACUCCUGUUAAUGAAUCACCAGUGCAUGCUGCAUUAACUGUUGAUAGUACUAGUACUGAAUCUUCAACAAUAAAAGCCCCCAAUUCUCCACUGAACACUAAUAUUCAAAAAACUAUUGAAGAAAUGGGACCCUCAGAAUGUCAAAAUGAUGAUAAAACAAUAGAAGAAAUCAUCACAACUAAUAAUGAAAGCAAUAUUUGCCAAGAAACAGUUUCCCACCAAGAUUCUACUGAAAAGACAAAUGAUAUCCUUGAGAGUUCAAUUUCUGUGAAUGGUACAGUGAGUCAGUUGGAGAAUCCUGAGGUUCAUUUUGUACAUAAAUUGGAGGAGGAAGAAGCAGAUGAUGAUGUUGUUCUCAUAGAUGAUUCAAAAGAUGAUAUUAUUGUUUUAGAUGACUAAUAAGCCUUUGGCUAGGUUGGUUCUUGUUGUGAAUAUUUUGUAUGUGAAUGUUAUGGAAUUGAAAUUCAAACAGUUGUUCUCCAAAAAUAACUGAUUGGUUUCAUCUUGGGGCCCCUAAAGAGUACCCACUGUAUAGUUUGUGAUAAAAAAUGUAUCUUAUAUUUAGAUAAUCAAGGGAAAUAAUUAUAAUUUUCAAUGCCUAUAAAUCUAAUUCAUAUAGGUAGGUAUAUCAAAAAUUCUGAACUUAUUUUUUUUCCUUAAGCAUGUAAAAAAUUAUGUAUAGUAUAAUAUGUAUCAUUUCUUAAUAAAAAUAUGAUUAAAUC